UAUUUUGGUACAACGUCUUCUUACACGUUCUUGUAAGUCGGCAAACUUAAUUACUACAAGUUUGCUAACUUAUAAGAACUGUGGGGAGGUGCUGCCGAAAUUUUUACAAAAAUGAAAUAAUCUUAAGAGCGUAGAUUGCACUAUAUGUAUAUUACAAACCUGAAUGGGAUAGGUUCUUUACCCUUUUAGUAAUGGAGUGAGAAGGUGGAUUAGGACACUUGCACAUUUUUUUGUUUGUUUUUAAAUUGUUUUUGUUAAAUACUUCGUAGUGGAGGAUGCCUGCCAACCGAAGUUGGAUGAAGGCGCACGGGCGCUCUGCAGAGUUUCGAAGUGGCGUUGACGAGUUCGUUGCGGUAGCAACGAACCACGUGAACGCUGACGGAUUAGCUCGAUGCCCAUGCAUGCGUUGUUUGAAUGUGAAUUUCCACACACCUGCAACUAUAAGGGUUCAUUUAUUUCUCAGCGGGAUCCAACCUUCGUACAACCCCUAGUAUUUCCACGGGGAGACUUUCUCUCAGCCCGCAGUUGAACUUCCUGAAAAUGACGAAGAGGAAAUGGCAGAUGUGUUGGCGGACAUGUUAAGAGGGGACCCUGGGUUUGACGAAUCUGCUAACACUACUGAUUCUUUCAAUGAACCCCCUAUCAACGACAACAACAAGUUCGAUGACUUGUUUAAGGAGAUGGAGGCUGAGUUAUAUCCAGGUUGCAAAAAAUCAGCUCUCAAUGCACUGGUAAAGCUUAUGCACUGCAAGGUUUUGAAUAGGUGGAGCAACCACUCUUUCGAUAUGUUGCUGUCCAUCUUGAUUGAUCUAUUUCCAGAGGGGACAAAAUUACCGAAGUCGCAUUAUGAGUCGAAGAUGCGAUUGCGCAAUCUAGGUUUGGGUUACGACUCAAUAGAUGUGUGCAAGUAUAAUUGUGCUAUUUUCUGGAAGGAGAAUGAGAAGAAGGAGUUUUGCCCUGUAUGUGGCGAAUCACUCAAUAGAUGUAUUAAUGUGUAACUUUUUGCAGACCAAGUUUGUCCUCCCACGAGAUAACCCUACAUUCGUAGACUACGGUGAGUACGAGAUGUCAAAGGGUUUACGUGACUGGAGGGCAGACUGCAAGAAGAAGUGGAUACAAAACAUUGAGGAGCUUGGACAGGAGAGGGCCAACAUGUCACCUCCUGAGGGAGUAACUCAAGAGGUGUGGAGUGACUGCAUCGCUUAUUGGAGCACAGACAAACAAAAGGCGAGAGCAGCGAAAAAUAAAGAAAGUCGGGGUAAGAUGAAAUUUCUAGGAGGCUGGGGCUCCAAGCCUAUUGUUUCACAUCUUGUCGAAGGGGCUAACCCCGACACAGGAGAACUGCCAACUGCGGUGGAAACUUUUCAAAAGUUUCACCAUAAAGGCAACGAUUGGCGCAACGAGUUCGCGCAACAAGCUUACGUAAGUUUACGUUUUAAUUCAAUUUUUAUUUAUUUCUUUCAAUUUAUUUUGUGUUAAA